AUGACCACCACCCACCGCCAAUCACCACCACCUAUCACUAUCACCCACCACCAUGACCCAUCACCACCACCCGCUUACACCACUCAUCAUCACUACUCGCCACAACCAUCCCCACCCACCACCCAUCAAGACUACCACCACUUACCACCACCACCACCACCUAUCACCCAUAACCACCACUUGCCACCACCUAUCACCACCCCAACCCACCGUUAUCACCACAACCCGCCACCCCCACCCCCACCUACCACCGCCACCAUCACCACCACCCCCACUACCCAUCAUCAUCAUCCACCAUCCACCCACUACCCACCAUUAUGA